UGCAAGGGACGGUUAUAGAGAGAAUACAUUCUCUAAAGAAGAAGUUUAGUAUGGACAAAAGAAUUUCGCACCAUGGCAUCAAGAAUAUUAUAAAAGCACAGGUUAAUUUGCAGGAUUUGGGAUCGAAUGAUAAUAAGCAACCGCAAAGUCAAGCAGUUUCCUCUUUGUACACAAGGAAAGAGAUGCUGAAUCAGUCUAAUGAGUUCCAGAAUACAGUCCCAGCGCCAAGAUUUGCUGCUAAGUUCAAAGCAGGUGCUACUAGUAAUAGAAUUGGCAAUAAUUAUAAAAAUGGAAUUCAUAAAAUUUAUGGCAGCCCGUCUAAAUACAGCGAGAAGUUUUAUAGUCAGAACAAAUUGCAGUUGUAUAUGCAGGAUCAUACGAAUCGUGUAAGAGAGAGCAGCAAGAGAAAGGCUAACAACUCCAUUCUUUCGAAUACCAAUACUAUAACAGACUUAAGUAUCUCUAAUGAUGUUUCUCUGAAGGAGCAUAAGAUCAAGAACAUUAGUAAAAUCAUAACUAAACCGAGAAGAAAAUAAAAUUGGCAAAGACAAAAGUUUCUCUAGUCGUCCUUCCGUGGGGCACGAGGCUAAAAAGUCAGUUGCGAGUAGUGUCAAAGGAGAAGACGACCAAUCGAAAAUGAUGAAAUCCACAUUAGAUCAAGAGACUUUGCAUAAGAUGCAUGAUCUUAAAGAAAAUUUCGAGAUAGAUAAGUUGCCUAGCAAAAAUGGUCGCAAUCACGUUGGUGAACUUUUCAAUACUGGUAACCACACUGACGGCAAAAAGAUGAAAAGCCAUGCAGAUAUUCUCCAAAAUGGCACUAAAACUACAAAGAAUCAGAAAGAUACUAAUAAUGCUAAUCUUUCAGUAAAGCGGUAUAAAUCAAAAUACAACAAAAGGAAGUCUCUAAUAGCUUAUGGCAUUCAGACAGAGGACGAAAAGAUAAAAUCGAAUAAAUUUAUAUGCCACUCAAUCACCAGAAUCGACAAAAGAAUUGAUAAAAUAAAGAAUAAGCUAAGAGCAAGAGACCAGAGAGAAGAUACUUUUACAAAUUUUAACCCUCCAAAGGUACAAAAAGACUUUUCUUCUAAUGUCAUGAAAUUCUCACCCCAAAAAUUGAAUCUCCCAGAAUCCUCCUCGAAAUUUAUUGAGGCGAUUUCUCGCUCUGAUGAUAAAGUAAGGGCAAUGAAGAAUUUGAAAUCAUGCAAGAAUGUGGAUGGAGGGAAUAUGAACCAUCUGCCUUCAAUCAUAAAGCAUAACCAUGCUGAUUCUCAUGAAAGUCCUGAUUUAGAGAAGAAAUUGCAUAGUACUUCUAGUAAUAUGUUCAAAUCAAAGGGAAGGCCGAGCCUAAUGUUCCACGAUUCUCCUUGUCAGAAGUCGAAUCGUAAAUCUAAACUUAUAAAUCCGAACAUUCCUCAUGUUGAUCUUGUUCUCAACACAGAGGAUUUUCGAGAUAUUAAAGAUGCUGUAGAGAUCUCUAAAACUCCUUUAAAAAGAAAAGCGUCUAAUAGUAUUCAAAGAAGGAAGUUGAGUGGUGUAAAGGAUCCUAGUAUGGUCAAGAAAGACCCAUUAGUCCCUACAUCCACAGUCAACAUUGACUCAGCUUGUAAGAAGAGUAAAAAGAAAUCAAUGGAUACCCCAAUAAUGCCUGUGAAUGAAUUCAAAUCACAUAUUUCCUAUACUAGCAAGAGGAAUAAAUCCAAAAUUAAGAAGCCUUCUGAGAAAAUUGGUGAGGAGAGGAAAAGGAUGAGUAAACCUUCAACAGCAAAGUCAAAGAAAUCUAUACAAUGCUCCCUUACUGAUCACGAGAAGAAGAUCUAUGGUAAUCGCUGACCAGAAGGAUACCAGAGAGUAAGACUCCUUGGUAAAGGAGGGUGCGCUCUUGUGUGGCUAGUCAAGGAUGUUAAUACAGAAGCGAAAUAUGCCCUAAAGCAGUUCCCUAAGAAUCAAGAAAGCUACACCACUGCUCAGACUGAAGUCAAAAUUUUUAAACAACUCAACUCUUCUGAAUUUAGUGACCAUCCUGGUCAUGGGUCUAUCUCUCAUCUAAUAGAGAGAAUGGAAGACAAAAAGGACAUUUUCUUGCUCUAUGAAGUUGGUGGCACUUCCUUUACUGACUCAAUUUUCAAAGUAAAAGGAGAGUUUUACAAAAGUGAAAGGAUCUAUUUCAUCAACCAUCUAGACCUGUACCAUGCAAUCAAGGGUAAAAAGUCUGUAUUGAAGCAGCUUCUGGUGAAACUCUUCGAAGCUUUCGACCUCCUACAACUCAGUGGAGUUAUCCAUGCUGAUGUAAAAUCAGAUAAUAUCUUGGUAACUUACCAAAAUGAGGAGAUCACAGAUGUAAAACUUAUAGAUUUCGGGUCAGCAUUUGUAUUCGAGGAGGCCAAAGGGCUCUCGCUUAGUACUCCAGAGUACCUCGCUCCAGAGGUUCUCUCAUAUCUCGAAAACAAGGGAAAACAGAAGCAGAAGUCUAAAGUAUCUGAGAUUCUUCAAUCAAUGAAGGUAUGGAGUUAUGACAUGUGGUCUAUCGGAGCUCUCUUGCUGGAGAUAAUCACUGGUUUCCCUAUUUGGAUGAGUCUUAAGUGAAGAACCAAGACUAAGAAAGGUAAGCAGAUCUUUGGAAAAGGAAUCUUUGGUGUCCAAGGUAGAGAUUGUGGCAAGAUUUAUCUGAAGCAGAAGCAGUUUCUUAUGAAAGAUCUCCAAGCGUCACUGAAGAAGUAUGAUACUUGUGGAUUACAGUCUGAUCUGGAUUUCUUAGAUCUACUCAGAAGUUUGUUAGAGUUUAACCCAAAGAAAAGGAUUUCACCUAGUGCAGCCUUGGAACAUCCAUUUAUCGCUAACAACUAGAAUUCA